AUGGCUUCAGCUGGCAGUGAGUGCACCGGAAAGGCGCUUCAGUACCGGGUGGAUCAUCUACUGAGCGCUGUGGAGAAUGAACUGCAGGCGGGGAGUGAGAAAGGUGACCCGACAGAAAGAGAGCUUAAAGUGAGUCUGGAUGAUGUGGAACUGUGGAAGAAGUUUCGAGAACUUACCAACGAGAUGAUUGUUACCAAGAACGGAAGGCGCAUGUUCCCGGUGCUGAAGGUCAGUAUCUCUGGGUUGGACCCGAGUGCCAUGUACUCAGUCCUGCUGGACUUUUCAGCGGCGGACUCGCAUCGCUGGAAGUACGUGAAUGGGGAGUGGGUAGCAGGGGGCAGACCCGAACCCCGCUCCUCCAGCUGUGUGUACAUGCACCCCGACUCCCCCAACUUCGGUGCGCAUUGGAUGAAAGCGCCAGUCUCCUUCAGCAGAGUCAAACUCACCAAUAAACUUAAUGGUGGAGGACAGAUCAUGCUGAACUCUUUACACAAAUAUGAACCUCGAAUUCACAUUGUGCGGGUUGGAGGGCCACAAAAAAUGAUCACCAGUCAUUCCUUCCCAGAAACUCAGUUCAUAGCGGUUACAGCAUACCAAAAUGAAGAGAUUACAGCACUCAAAAUAAAGCACAACCCUUUUGCCAAAGCUUUCCUAGAUGCCAAAGAAAGAAGUGAUCAUAAAGAAAUAAUAGAUGACCUCAGUGAAAACCAACAGACUGGCUAUACCCAAUUAGGUGGCUGGUUUCUGCCAGGUACUGGAUCUUUUUGUCCUCCUGCAAACCCUCACCCUCAGUUUGGUGGUGCUCUGCCUCUGGCGUCCGCUCCUGGCUGUGAACACUAUACAACAUUAAGAAAUCAUCGCUCCUCACCUUAUCCCAGCCCGUACCCUCAAAGAACGACCUCCCCCACUCAGUAUUCAGAAAAUGCUUCAGCUUGUCUGUCUAUGCUGCCCAUCCAUGAGAACUGGUCCAGUCAACAAAUGUCCUCUCACCCCAGCAUGGUCCCGAUGAACCAACAUUCUCCACCAAAUUCCAACUCCAGUCAGUACACUGGUUUAUGGAGUGUAGGAAAUGCACCCCUGACUCCAGUGUCUCAGUCAGGUGGAAUGGCAAGCAGUCUUGGUUCCCAUUUCCUUCGUGGCUCUGCAAGUCACUACACAAGCCUUUCCCACCCAGCGUCAGUUCCCGCGACUGGAUCUCCACUGUAUGACAGCACUCCUGCCCCUGAGGUGCACAACGCUUCUGCUUAUGAAAGCACCACUCAUGUGCGACUGCCCACGGCCUGGACGCCCAUUACACCUCCUUCUAUAUGA